AUGGGCGACUUUUGGCGUAUGUGCUGGGAGCACGAGGUCGUCAACAUUGUGCAGAUUUGCAAGCCCGGUGAGGGGCAACCAACCAAGUGCGCCCCCUACUGGCCGGAGAACCCGGAUCAACACCUCAAAAUCGGCCGCUGGCGGGUCGAGAACAAAAAGAUGGAGAUGAACUGCGGCUUCAACACGCUGACGAUCGAACUGCGACCAGAGGCGGCGAAGAAGAGUCGAACUGUUCGGAUUGUCCAGUAUCCGGAUUGGCCGGAAAAAGCUGUGCCCAGCAGCUAUAGAGAGAUCCUUCGGUUGCUGCGCGUCAUCGGCGACCCGGACGUGCUGAACCCGGGGCUGACUGUGAUGCAUUGCCUGGCUGGCAUCGGCCGCACCGGUACCAUGAUUCUCACCCUAUGGACCCUCAACCGGCUGUACGCCGGCGAGAACGUGCAGAUGUUCGAUCUACUGCGCCAACUGCGUGAUCAGCGGGCCAUGGCCGUGCAAAACGAGCGCCAGCUCAUGCUCGUCUACCUGUGCUGCCUGGAGUAUAUCACGUCGAUCCUCAUGUUGUGCGAGUUGGUCGAGCAGAACAAGCCCAAGUGCACCAAGUACUGCCCGGAUGAGGCCGGCCAGGAGAUGACCUUCCAAACCGCCGACCAGGGCCCAAUCACCGUGCGCUGCGAGCAGGACGCCGAUUUCAAGUUCCGCAAGGAGACGAAGGCGAAGAUUCGCGUGCGCACGCUCAAGGUCAACGGCCUCGGGCUCGAGGAGCCACUCACCGUCCGGCAUUACCAUUGGAACCAUUGGCCGGAUCGUGGCGCCCCUCCGCCCGACCAUUCCCCGAUGGAACUGCUCGCCAAAGUCAGCCAAAGCUCCACCCCAAUCGUCGUCCACUGCUCGGCGGGCAUCGGCCGCACCGGCUCGAUCGUCAUGCUGCAGGCUAUCGUCGAGAAGAUCAGCGCCGGCGAGAAGUUCGAGGUCGAGGACCUGCUCAAAGAGUGCCGCGAGAGCCGCGCCUCCCUCGUCCAGACGCCAGCCCAGUACUACUACAUCCACGAAGUGCUCCUCAACUACUAUUAUGCGCGCCUCGGCAAGUAUGUGGCGAGCUUUGAGCCGUCGCUGGCCAAAUACACGGUCGAGUACUACAAGGCCCUCGACGAGACCACCAACAACAAA